AAGGCGCUAGUUGUCUGUCAAACCAGUGAUACGUGCUGCAACAUAGGGAGUGUGUGACAGCCAUUCUUAAGAAAAAGAAUUAUAAAAAAUAUAUUUUUCGGUUGAUAUUAUCAGUUAGGAACAUUAAACGAUAAUAAAGUGUGCGUGUGUGUGAAUUACCCGGAGAUAAUUGACUAGUGAUUCUAACAAUAUCUUUGUGCAAAAUCUCGAAGCAAUUUUUUUCUCCCAUUUUUUUUUCCUAUUGCAAAAGGCGUGAAAAUCGUUGAAAAAAGAAGUAGCGUAAUAAUAAAAAGAAAAUUUUAGCGAGAAAAAAAGCAAAAAAUUCAAUCGUUUUCUAGAGUUUCGAGAGCGAAAAAACUAAGCAAUAAUGACGGACAAGAAAGCAUAUCCCGUGGCUCCGCAUCCACCGACUGGAUUCGUACCAGCGCAAGCGCAGCCCACAGCUUAUGGAGUUGCAGGAGCUGGUCCAUACGGGGUAUUCCCAAAUCAGCCACAGCUUUACGCUACGCAAGGGCCACCGCCACCCACAUAUGAUCAAACGCUGACGCAUCCAAUGAUGUACCAGCCAAUGUAUGGGCAGGGAUACCCAGGAGGAUAUUUAACCGGCUAUCCAACAGCUUAUGGACCACUGCAGUACUAUCCGCAACUGGCAGCAGCAGCUUAUUAUCCGACCGCUGCCAUGCAGCCUGCACCAGUCAGGCCAACUAUGCUGGUACCUAAUGGCUUUGAUGGCGGCCGUUUCGAUGGACUUUCGCAACAAGUUUUACCACCACCACCACCACCUGGUGUUGCGAAUGCUGCACAGUUGGCUGCUAUGGCUGGCCACAGUGUUGCCUUGUCACAAAAAAAGGGAUCGUUCCUCGGUGGUGCUGCAGAGGGGGGCUAUACUUUCUGGUAAAGAAAAAGACAGCCGAGAAAAUUUUUUGGGUAAUGAUGAGCUAUUCUGGAGGCAGGAAAUAUAACAGUUUGAAGCGACAAAUUGAAAUAUGAAAUGUAGACUAAAACAAUUACCCGAAACGCUAUAUCUUCGAUGGUCCUUUGAUUCGAAUUUCGAUCCAACAAUUUUUUUAGGCGAAAUACUUCAAAAUUUGUAUUAGUAAAUGAGUGCGGAAAAAUUGAACGUAUUUUCGAAAUUUUUUGAACGUAAAAUUUGCUCACACCGGAGACUUUCUCAACGAAAGGAAUUCUAUACAUCGAAAAUAAUAUCAACUUUGUGAAAUUUAAUUGAAGUCAUUAUUCAUUUGUGACUGCUUCCUUGAGGUUUUCUUCAUCGAAUUUGAAAUCAUUAGCUGUUCAGUAUUAUUACAAUAAAAUGGACAAUCGCGGUAAUUGUAUCAAUAUAUAUCAAAACCCAAAAAUUGUUGGGUCUUUCGAAAUUCGAGGAUCAGUAUUUCUUAUUGAAGCGAAAAACAAAAUUGACGGAAUGAUGGUGAGAGAAUUGAGUGAAAUGAAUUAAAAAACAGUUCGGAUGAAAAAAAAAAUGGAGGGCUGUUCGCAAUAUUUUUUUGACGAUUUGCCCCGCAAUCCUGGGACCGAAUGGUGUGUGUGAGUGAGGAAAGAAUAGAGAGCGAGAGAGUGUGAGAAUUAAAUCAUUGAUGACGUUGUGCAUGACAUUGAACAAAAAAUCACCAACAUGAGAGAGGAUAGAUCAGAAAAAUUGAGAAAAAACGAAAAAAAGAUAUCGAAAAAAUCGAGAUUGCGGUGAUGCUCAGAGUUGGAAAAAACGAGUGGGAAAGUGUAUUAUCUGUUAUAUAAAUCCACCACAGAGACGAGAAGAUAAGAUUGGUGGCCGCUGAUUAUCGAAAUUAAAAUGAAUCUCAGAGGGAUUCUUCUAAAGGGGACGAGGGAAAAUUUAAGAUUCACUUUGGUGCCAAAAUAAAUUUUAAAUCAAUCCACUCCCACUCGUUUAUUUGCGGCUCGAAAAAUUGAACUUCUUUCGUUGAUUAUGAGAAAACUGAGGUUUUUUAUUUGUUGCAAUUCUGUGAUUGAGUUCCAUAAGGAGAUAAGUUGAUCGGAUUUUCACUCGAUGAGAUGAAAAAUCUUGAUGAUUCUUGUUUUAGUUGUUGUUUCCCUUUUUUUCUCCUUCAGGAAGAGAAAUAUCUGCAUUGAACAUAGUCCAAUUUUUCUAGAAAAUAUUCAGAAUCUUGAAUGAAAAUCGUACUUACAACUCGAUUAUGCUGAUUCUGCUUUAAUACCGUACAUCAUGUACUCACAAGCCGAGGGAGAUUUCUGAGGUGCUAUCGUAACUGAAUUUUCCAACAGAUGGAAAAACCUUCAUUUCUAGAAUUUUUUUCUGUUUCCAAUUCUCUGAGAUCUCGUCUGUCCAACUCGAAUUUUUAAUACCCCGCUAUGAUGAUAUUGACUGUAGUUAAUCUAAUUUUCCAAUGAGUUCCACCACAUGAAUUCAUGAAUUCGUUGAAGAAAUCUGCCUGUCCAUAAAUUGUAACUUAUCUCCUUACUCGACUUGACUCGAGAAUUUGAUUUCUCAUCGUUUUCUCAAUGAAUCAUUAGCUAGGAAGAUUCAAGUGUUGAUUUAGCUUUCGAAAAUCAUAUUUUUCAGGGAAAUCAAAUGUUCCAAAAUAGAACGAAAACUAGUAAAGUACAAAUGUGUCUGGAAAUUUUGGAAAAUUUGAUUUUUUUUCUACAUUCAUUUCUUAAAAUGAACCUUAGGAACUAUUGAAACAUCCCCUUGCUAUGAAAAAACUUGACGAAAGUUUUUUCAUAAUGGGCGGGAGGGAAUAAUGAUAUUAUUAAGUAAUUGAAUCGAGCUAAUCGAAUCUACCAAUUAAAAGGAUGAACACAGAAUGACGGAAAGGUGAAGAUAAUGAGCUAAUGUUUUAUAUUUCUUUAGCAACAAUUCUGUUAAAUCAUUAUUUUCUUUUCUGUUGACGACGCCUGCAUGUCCUCAAACGUGACGAAAAACGAUAUUUCAACUCUACGAAGGCAGCACAUGAGGGAUGGCAAACAGUUGGUGGAUGUGAAAAUUUGAAAAUGUCAAGAGUUUGAUAUGAGAGAGUCCCCAGGAUCAAAUGUUGAUUUCACCCUUCGUAUUUGAUCUUUCAUGUGAAUCUCAUGGUGUUCAACUCUGAAAAAAAAUUUUUUUUUGUCAAAUAUUCAAAAUCGUAUCUCUCCACUCGAAUCAUUCCCAGAUGAGACUGAUUGGGUUUCAAUUAUGACAAAUGUUGCUCUAGAGAAUGUCUGUUGCACAUGACCUCGAAUUAACUCCCAUGAUUAUUCAUUUUUCCUAAAUUUCUCAUUCUCAAGAGGAACAAUUUCAAUUAAUUCUUAAUGUUGAUAAUUAUUGGGGGAAUUUACUCGAGAUCGUAACUAACACGAUCGUCUUCUAGAGCAAUAUAAUUGUCGUAAUUGAAAUUGAAAUCCAAUGAAAAAAAAAAUACUUCUCUCGAGUAAACGGAUAUUCGGCAAAAACAUUUUUUUUUCUCAGCGCACAUCUUAAAUAUUCCUGCUAUAGAAUAAAGGUAAACCUGAAAAUCUAGUCGAGUUAAAACUCAGUAAGUUGAAUUUUUCACUUGCGAAUGUAUUAGUGGUCUACUUACAAACAUUUGAUCCAUCCAUUCCAGUUAUCAAAAUUAAAAUCAAUUUUUAAUACUUCUGAACGCGAGCAUAACAUUGAGAAAAAUGAGUAGAAAAAUUGAGAUAUUCUGUCAUCAUCAAAAGUCACGUUUGAGAAUUGAGGUUUUUGAAUUGUUUCCUGUCAAUUUCUCCUCGAAGAAGGAAAAAUAUUGGAAAAAUCCGAUCUGAUUGUUUCAAUAUUUAUUUUUAAAUUAUUAUUAUUUAACAAUUUUUAUGAUCUAGAUUUGUACGUUGUUUCUAAGUAAUAUAUUUUUCCUAAUUCUCCCCUUUUUAAUAUUGUUUUUUUUUUUCAUUUUGCAAUUGAGGAAAAUAAAAAUUGAGACAGAUUGAAGCGGUUGAGACAAGUUUUAUAUCAUUGAUUCUAAAUGUAAGAAGAUGCAACUGAAGUAUUACUAAAAUGCGUACGCUAACAGGAAGCAUUAUUCAGACAUCCGUGUAAUUAAUUUAAAAAAUGAAGAGAAACCUUUUUAACUGUGGAACACUAUUGAACAAUUAAAAACAAUUGAUAAAAUGUAAAGCAGUUGAUAUUUAUGGAAUGGAAAAUGAUGGCCAGUUGAAUAAAAAAAAAAUGCCAUGACCAUGUUAUUUUUUUUAUUUCUGCGCUGAUGAUUUUGUUAUCUCAUACAUAGACACGAAAAUAAAAUGAAAAUUUGAAUUGGUC